GGAUGGUGAUAAACAUUUUUGUCCUUGGGAGAACGGUUUUAUUUAUUAACCAAAAAUGAAGAGAAAUAGCCUGUCCUCCUUUAAUGUGUUUCUGUGGUUGCUGUUCACAACAGUGAUACUUCAAGCUGUAGAAUCAGCCAAAGGAAAAUACGCUCACAUGCUGUUUAAUGAACUCUUUGAAGACUACUCAAAUGCUCUAAGACCAGUGGAAGACACAGAUAAAGUACUGAAUGUCACUCUUCAGAUCACAUUAUCCCAAAUUAAAGACAUGGAUGAAAGGAACCAAAUUUUGUCGGCUUACCUAUGGAUUCGACAAAGCUGGUAUGAUGCAUACCUCAAAUGGGACAGAGAUAAAUAUGAUGGGCUGGAUUCUAUCAGGAUACCAAGCAAUUUGGUUUGGAGACCAGAUAUUGUCCUAUAUAACAAAGCUGAUGAUGACUUUUCAGAGCCUGUGAACACUAACGUUGUGUUGAGAUAUGAUGGAAAAAUCACUUGGGAUGCACCUGCUAUCACAAAGAGCUCAUGUGUAGUGGAUGUAUCUUAUUUUCCUUUUGAUAGCCAACAGUGCAACCUUACAUUUGGGUCCUGGACCUAUAAUGGUAAUCAGGUAGACAUCAUCAAUUCUCUUGAUAGUGGUGACCUCUCUGACUUCAUAGAAGAUGUGGAGUGGGAGAUUCAUGGUAUGCCAGCAGUUAAGAAUGUCAUCACUUAUGGCUGCUGCUCUGAGCCUUACCCAGAUGUAACCUUCACACUGAUUUUGAAAAGGAAGUCUUCUUUCUACAUAUUUAAUUUGUUGCUUCCUUGCAUUUUGAUCUCUUUCCUGGCUCCACUGGGAUUCUAUCUCCCUGCAGACUCUGGGGAAAAAGUGUCUCUGGGUGUUACAGUUCUUCUUGCUCUGACUGUCUUCCAGCUGAUGGUUGCAGAGAUCAUGCCUCCCUCUGAAAAUGUGCCUUUGAUAGGAAAGUAUUACAUAGCAACUAUGACCAUGAUAACAGCUUCCACUGCGCUGACAAUCAUUAUAAUGAAUCUCCAUCACUGUGGUUCAGAAGCAAAGCCUGUUCCACAAUGGGCCAGGGUGGUUAUUUUGGACUACAUGUCAAAAAUCUUUUUUGUUUAUGAUGUGGGUGAAAAUUGCACAAGUCCAAGAAGAGAGAAAGAAGAAGAACAGAAGUUAGAGGGGGAUGAAGGGUAUCAGAGAGGGCACACAGACGUAAGGAGUCACCUUCCCAGCGAUAUCAAGGAGAAGCCCAAUGGAAAUUUCAAUAAAAGCUAUGGCACUCAUGGUGACAUUAAUGUUAGGGAGACUGUUGAUUGCUGUUCCUGUUACAAAAUGCUGAUUAAAAAUAUUGAGUAUAUUGCUAAUUGUAUUCGAGACCAUAAAGCAAACCGGGCCAAAGGAAUUGAGUGGAAAAAAGUUGCAAAAGUGAUGGACAGGUUUUUCAUGUGGAUUUUCUUUAUCAUGGUGUUUUUUAUGAGUGUGCUGAUCAUUGGAAAAGCAGCUUAACCAAAGAUGAAUGCAUUCCUUUUGUAAAUCUGAAUAUACUGGGUUGGCUUGUUUUGGUGAAGCUCUGGGACAGUGCUGCUUUGAGAUCUUUUUCUUGCAUUCUGUAACAAUAAACAAACUGAUUUUGUAGGCUGUGAUGGUGUGCUGAGACAUUGCUCGGUGAGGGCUUUGUUAAUGACUGUCUUUGCCUUUUAGUGGAGGAGUGCAACCCUGAUGAGGCUGCUGGGCAAGGCUCUGCAUUCCAUCUUGACUGGUGUCAGCCAUGACUUCAAGCUGAAUGGGGUGGAGCAUUGCAGUGAUGGAAGCAGACAGCUUUGCGGGGAGCACUGUAUUCACAGGUCUGCAGCUCUGCAGCUUGUAUCUUGACCAGCCCUUCCCCCACUGAAGUGAAUUUAAAGCAUGGUGGCAGUUCUUGAAAAUCAUGUCCCAUCGUACUGCCUUUUUCCUUUUUACCUUGUCUUCCUAAUGUGUUUUUGUUAUGGCUCUCUAAUCACUGUCCUAUCAUUUCAUAGGCUCAACAUGUCUAUCCACUGUGUCUUUCACUUCUAAUACCACUGAGCUUACUGAAUAUGAAAGUUAAAUUGAUUUUCAUCUUUGUCACCUCCUGCUGGUGAAUAUUACCCUAUUGUCACUAGGGCUCCUGUAAGCCAGAUUCCAAGGAUAACUUGCUUACCAAGUCAGGGGGCCCCUCUUGAGCCUAAUAACAGAAGGGACUUCUGUCCUUCCUGAAUGUCUCAUUCCCUAUGGGAUUUGUCAAGAUAGGCCUUUAAAUGCUACUUGAGACUGCUUAAAUAUGAGUUGGUGACAUUUGUCUCUGCUAAUUUUGUUGACCUUCAU